GUUGGAUAUACAGCUAAAAUGAAGCAGAGAAGAAGAGCCGUCGAAGCCGAAGCAGAGCACGACGGACAAAAAUAUGGCAGGGAAAGCCGGCGGACUCAAAGGGGUUGCCCUCAUCGGCGGCAGCGCCAACAGCACGGUCGCUGGGGUCAUUCACUUCUUCGAGGACCCCUCCACCAGGUACACCGAGGUGAGGGGCAAGGUCACGGGCUUGACUCCGGGAAGGCAUGGAUUCCACAUCCACGUCUUCGGCGACACUACCAAUGGCUGCAACUCAACCGGUCCCCAUUUUAACCCUCAUAAUAAACCCCAUGGAGCUCCAUUUGACGACGAACGACAUUUGGGCGACCUGGGAAAUAUAGUAGCCAAUGAAGAUGGAGAUGCAGAAGUGUUCAUAAGAGACUUACAGAUUUCAUUGAGUGGGCCUCAUUCCAUUCUGGGAAGGGCAGUUGUUGUACAUGCUGAUCCUGAUGACCUAGGGAGGGGUCAAAACUAGAGCGGCUUUCUUUUUGGGACAGAGGUAGUAUUGAAUGCUGGAUGUAGACACUAGACAGAAUAACUCAUAUUGCCACUUGCUCAAUGGAGAUUUUGUUGCCAAUUAAUACCAAUGUCUUUUGGUGCUCAUCAAGUGUUAUCUCAUUCAAUCAUGGCUGUUGUGGCUUCAAGGUAGCACCAUUUGCAGCAUUAGCAUACCAUUCCCUGCAUCAUGCAACACUUGGAAACCACGAACCACUAGUCAAUAUUUUAAUAUCUAUUUCUUUUUUACAUAAAAUUGGCUUUAUGAGAUCAUGUCCUUCAUUCAUUUCACAUUAGUAGUCGGUACAAAGAUAUCAUUGGCUAAAGAAAAGCAUUUAUAACAGCACAACUAUAAAGCCUUUUAGUUUCAAACAAGUUGGGGUAGGCCAAAUAGAAGCUACAAAUCAAGGUUCAGACACGUGGAUAAUUGUUUUUCAUUCGCUUCUAUUCAAUGAUAAAUCUUUGGGUAUAUCCAUCCUUUCUAGUCUUCCUGUACUGCCUCCCAUGUCAACUUCAGUCUUUCCCGCCUCUCUUCCUGCUACUAUCGCGUCUUAGGAUCUCAAUAUGCACCGGUGUCUCUAGAGGUCUCCGUUGGAUAUGUAUAAACCAUCUCAAUCAGUGUUGGACAAGCUUUUCUUCAAUUUGCUAGCUCUAACUUAUCAUGUAUAUCAUCGUUCCGGACUCGAUCCCUUCUUGCAUAACCAAACAUUCAACGUAAUAUACAUAUUUCCGCAACACUUAUAUGUUGAACAUGACACCUUUUGUAGGCCAACAUCUUGUACCAUACAACAUAGCAGGUCUAAUCAUCGUCGUAUAAAACUUGUCUUUUAGCUUCUGUGGUACCCUCUUGUCACAUAGAACUUCGGAUGCUUGGAAUCACUUCCUCCAUCCUGCUUUGAUUUUAUGGCUAACAUCUUCAUCAAUAUCUCUCUCUCUCUCUCUGUAGCGUUGAUGCUAAAUACCGAAAUAUAUCCUUUCUAGGCACUACUUAACCUUCCAAACUAACAUAUCUUUCUCAUACGCAAGGUUUUAAAGUCAGCUAGUCGACUCUAGUCGUCUGAGCACUGAUAAGGUGACUAAUCGCGAUUAGUCGUCGAUUUGCUCGAUUAGUCGAGCCUAGUCGACUCCUAGUCAUCCUAUAGUCGUCCACCUAUAACAUGACCAUAUGUGUGUGUGUGUGUAUAAAUCAAUAUAUAUGAAUAUAUAUAACUGUAGCUGCCUAGCUGGACUGCAGGACUGCAUGAACUGUACCAGUGCCACUGCCAAAGUUCUGGGGCUGGGGCAACACAGAUUCUGGGAAGAUGACUUCAACAUUAUUACGCCGCCUUCAUCUGUAGUGGCACAACAAUAAAGUGAAGCACAACUCAAGAGGAGGCCAAGGCGGGUACAAUACUGCUCAGUAAGUGAACAGAGAACACUGAACAACCAAAAUGUCAGAGCAAUUACCGUCUGAAGAGGUCCUCAUCUCGGUCUCUGAAUUCUAAACACAGGAGGAGUGGUCGCCUACUUGCUUGUUCAGUCGUUGAACAGACAACAGAGGAGGACGGGAGCGCGCUGGAGGGGGGGCUCUAUAGACUAUAGUAGCCGCGCGAUGGAGGGGGCGGCUGCUGCUCGAGCAAAGGGUUGCCAGAGCACAACAGGGCAGCAGGAGAGGAGGGUAACGACGAUGGAGAAGGGGUGGCGGCGCUGCCGAAGGGCGCAUGCGCAACAGUGUGUACCGUAUUGGUACAGGUAGGGGCGUAGGGCAACAUAGUGUUUGUGCUGUGUACAGAUGGUGGGCCGACCCACAUAAUAGAGGCUGAAUUAGUGGCCUAAAACAGGCAUAACUAGUCUACCAUAACCCCUAAUCGGAUCACUAAUCACGAUUACUCGGCGACUAGGACGACUAGUCGCUCUAGUCGAGUCAGAGACCCUAAUCGAGAUCUGAAUAGCAAUAAGGCCAACUAAUCGCGAUUAGUCGCACGACUUUAAAACCUUGCUCAUACGUACAUGCGUAGUAGUUUCGAAGUCACAUCUCAUGUAUUAGUUUUAGUUCUACUGAGUCUAGAACCUUUGGACUCUAUAAUCUCAUGCCACAACUCCAGUUUUCUAUUUACUUAUGCCCGACUUUCGUCAACUAGCACUACAUCGUUUACAAAAAGCAUGCACCAAGGGAUAUCCCCUUGUAUGCCCCUUAUGGCCUCAUCCAUCACCAAGGCAAAAAGUAAGGGCUCAAAGUUGACCCUUAAUGUAGUCCUACUGUCCUUCAUCACUUGUUCGAACA